CCCCCCCCCCCGCCUCGCCAUGCCCCGCCGGUUGGAGCGGCUGGCCAACGUGGUGCUGCGGGUGCCCCCCGUGGUCCUCCUGGACCUGCUGUACCGGUGGGACGUGCGGGCCUUCGCCGACGCGGGGCGCCCCCUGGCGGACCAGCUUCAGCUGCGGGGAGCCCGCCUCUGGAGCCUCUACUACGCCGGUCACCUGCUGUGCCUGAUGGUCUUGGUGCUCCCGCUCCUCUCCCUGGUGCAACUCUACCUUCACCUGCUGGCCCUGCUGCUGCUCUACCUGUCCCACCCGGUAGCCUGGGACUACAUAGACCAUGAGGUGGAGCGUGGACUCCAGGGCGCCAUCUAUGAGGACCCAGUGGCCUUUGGGCACUUUGCCACUGCAGUGACUGGUGAGGAAUGGGGUGGGAGAUGGUUUGUUGGUUGUGGGACGGAAGGGUGAUCUCCUGAUGGUCU